AUGCCAACCCUUCUACCGCGCUCGUCAGCUCCAAAGUCCAUCUUCGACGUGGAAGACAACAAUCAAGGGCGACAACAAACCAAUGCUUCUACCUCAUCAACACAAGCCCACAAUGAUCCCUACACCUCCACCAGAAAACCCGACUUGGAUCCGGAAGUAUCGAGCGUGUUCACCCAAUCUACCAUCCAGCCUUCCGAAUCCAUCCACCAAACCCACUCUUCAUCAUCCCGCUUCGGCUUCCUCAAACGCAACAAGUCCAAAACCGAGCAACAACAACAAGAAACCUCAUUACUCCCCAACAACAGCGACACCCCAAACACCGAAGCCAAAGAGGGUAAGAAGAAGAGCAGAUUCGAGAAUCCGUUCAAGCCCCACGUGCAGACUGAUGAAGAUAGAGCCAUCAUGGAGAGAAUGCGACAGAGAUUGGGGAGUAGAGAAGAGGCGAUCAGACAGGGAGGGGCACAGCCGGCAGGAUAUCGUGGGUACGGAGGAGGGCAGGCCAUGGGUGGACCUUGGACUGGCGGUAUGUAA